AUGUUAAUUCACAAGCCUGGGACGUUUGCGUGCCAAUAUUGUCCUAAAUUAUAUAAGAGAAAAGACAUAUUAAGGGAGCACCAAUACCUACAUUUUGGUGGUCCAAAACAUAAGUGCAAUGAUUGCGGAAAAGAAUUUGGUGAUAAACGAAACUUGAACACUCAUGUAAAAUUAAAACAUGAAGAAUCUCUCAUAAAAUGCCCCAAAUGUGAAAAAAUGUAUUCCGGAAAAAGACAACUACGAUACCACGACAACAGAGUUCAUUCACUCAAAAAACCAUAUAAGUGCAACAAAUGCAAAGAGGCAUUUCCAGUACCAUGUCUGCUUGCGACUCAUCGUAUUAAAAUGAAUCACUGUGACACAUUACACGAUUAA